UAUAUUGUGCCCCUUUUUUAAUGGCUUUCAGUUAAAAUGUAGGUGGAGAGAAUUGCAGCAUGGAGAAAUUUUGUUAAGAUUGGGUGUUCGUUGGUAUAUUUACUUUUUUUUUUUGCUAAUCAACUUUGAAAAUUAUUGUAUGUAAUUAGGAUGUCGCUUAUUUGUUUGCGAUUCUUUUUGUAUCAUGAUGGUUAACUUUUGAUUAAUUAGUCUACAUCUGUUAAUUGUAUAGUAUACCCAAAACACAAACGAAAAAGGAGUUAAUUUAGUAUACCUAACACUAGUAUAAUGAUGGAAGUCUCACCAUUAAUAUUUCAAGUGAAAUAUAUCUGCAUUUGCUUCCAAUAUGUAAACAAAUUAAAUAUUAUACUAGUGUUAGGUAAUCAAGAUCAUAACUUCAAAAAUCAAACUAUACACCUUCUCUUUAAAAUAAUUCAACUACAAAUAAUAUGAAUUCUGACAAAUUUGUGUUUUCAGAUAUACAAAGUUCAUGUUUAUUGAUGAACAUAUGUGAACAUUGACAAAUCAAGUAUUGACAGGAAAAAUAGAAUAAUUGAAACCAUUUAAAUACCUAAGUUUAUGGCAUACUCUUCCUAAUUCCAACCCAACCAAGCUGCUUAGUUCAUAACUUCAUAUAACAUAUAGAAGCUAGCUUGGUUUAUUAUAGUGGACGUUGCAUGUCAAUCCUUUAAUGUAGAUGUCAUAGCAAAAAAAGGACAUUAUAUUUUCAAAAGUCUUCAACAAACUAUUGAAUGAAAGGAAUCAAGGAUCACGUUGACAAAGAAGAGAUGGUAUAGAACAAGCAAUGGCUUGGCUUUAAUUGAAAAUAAAUAAUGCGGUAUAUACAUAUGUAUUUAAACUUCCGUAUAAAGUGGAAUAAAAAGUCCAAAGGGAACGUUUAGACAGUGGUACAGGGAAUCACCAAACUACAACAAGACAAUUAUAGACAUCAAUCCUCUUGCAGAGUCAAUGAAAGCAAUCUUAUAUGUUUUGAUGUUUCAUUCUAGUGCAAAUGGCAUUAAAACCCAUAUACAACUUCAAACUUAUUUGAUUAAACAAAUGUAGUUUUCAUUUCAACCUUCACAUCAUUGCUUCAAAGUUUUCAUGUAGAAGCGGUUCUGGCUACAAUCGACCAAUCUUGAAAUGCGCCAAAUUUAGAAUCAUUACUUGUAUUUUGACUUAGAUGACACAACCUUUUGUUUCUGUAACAACGUAUGAUAUCAAAGACGAUACCUAAUAAAACACUAGAAGCUUCAAAAUUUAUUCAUACAUUGCACGAAGUAUACAACUUUAUGAUUUCACUCCUGGAAUCAAACUCAUAUUCUUAGUAACUUAAUUAGUUAGUUUGAUCAUUAUAUAUAAUUAGAUGACUUGAAAAAUAACUAAAUAAAGAAAUAAGUUGUUUGCCGAAGAAAAAAACGAAAGAAAGAAGUUGUUCAUUCACUCUUCAGAUUCGUAAUGAAUUGGACAUGGGAUAAAUUGAAGAAAACAAGUAAACUAGUAUUAUCAUUUUAAAGCUAUCAUUAAAUUUCAUUAAAUACCUUCACAUGGGAAAUAACUGAUGCUGAGGUCAAUGAUAGUAUUUGACAUUUUGUUCUCUAAUUAUUUUUGAAGAAAACUUGUUGUUGUUGUUAAUAAAGCCCUAUUUAACAUAUAAAACGUUACAUUAUGACUAGAUCAUUAUAUUUUGUGCUUGUCUCAUAUAAGGUACUUACAUCACAUAGAAUACGAGAAACGACUACAUGUAAGAUUCAUAACUAAACUAUAAAGAGAUCUUUUAUAAUGCUUCAGUUCUUAAAACCGUUUUUUUCUAAAACAACAUGUCCGUUGGAAAAAAAAAACAUUUUUCCAGCCUUUAUCCUUUUGUAAUUACGUGAAGCAAAUUAAAAAUGAAAAUAGGGAUGUUUUUUUUUACAAACCAACCCAUUUUGGCUUCUAAAUGAAACCCUUUGCCAUUAUUGCCAUUAACAUUUUUUGCCUAUAAAUCAUUUUAAAUUAUUUCAUUGUCAUCUUAAUUAACUAUGAAGCAUUAAAUACACGAGAUUCUUAAGUUAUUAACAGCUAUAUAUCCGCGUUUUCUCUUUGAGGUAUGUUGUAUUUUAGUUAUUGGCUUCUUGUAUUAAAUACGAGUAUUAGUUACAUAUUAGGUCAAAUUUUGUUAAUGGGUUAUACAAGUAGAGAGUAUCAUUAGCUGGACAUACAACUAAAACAAAAUGAUUUUAGGCAAAUAUUCAAAAAUUUAAAACAAACUAUAAGUAAAGUGAAAUAAUAUCCAUCUAAAAAUAUGGUUUGUCUAAAUGAUAUUUACCUAAAUUAUCAAAUCUAAAGAAUAUUAUUUAAACAAUUUUAAUAUACUUUAAUCACUUUACUUUUCAUAAACAUCUUUAAAUGGUUUUCCUAUUUUUAUAACCUUUCGUUUGUAUUUUUUUUGUAUUUUCUUAAAUUAUGAAGUUUAUCAUUAUACAAACAAAAUAUUACAUAGUUAUAUCUUUACCAAUCCAAUUAAUUUUUUGUUUUGAAACAUUUCAUACUCAUCCCCUCACAUCUAAACAAUAAAUGGUUUGCUGCGCUAGUUUAAAUGCAGAGAUACAUUGACAUUGUUUAAUGAAUUACCUUCUGUUUCAUAUAGUUGUCUGGUCUCUACUCUACUUUACUAUUUUCCCCAAUUCCAGUUAAUAAUAAAUUAAUUACUAAAUAAACAAUGUCAAUAUUUUCUCUGUCCCCAACAUCAAAUUACUUUAUUCAACAAAAAUUAAUUAUUUGUCAUAAUUAACUCUUUUCAUCCUUAUAUUAUAUAUACACAUUAUCUUAAGAAGCCUUCAGUACUCUUAAUCCCCCUCACCUAAAACAACACAAAGAAAAAGAAGAAGAAGUUUCAAAAAUGAGAAACAAGAACGGCAAAAGAGCCAGAGUCGAGCCAUUGGGGAGGACGGCAGAGUCGGUGGUUGCUAAUAAAAGGUUUGGAGGAGGAUCGCCUCCGAGCAGCCUAUCAUCGGCUAGCUCGUGCCUAUCGACCACGGAGGAAAUGAAGGAGGAGGUUGCCUCGUCGUGGAUUGAGGAACCGCCGGUAAUGGUGGUGGUGGGAUGUCGAAGAUGUUUUAUGUAUGUUUUGGUCUCAGUAGCAAGGACUUGUUGCCCUAAGUGCAAAUGCAAUGAUUUGAUCAUGUUUUAGAGAAUUUGUUAUAAGUUAUGAUUUUGAUUUGGAUUUGAAAUAUUGGGAAUUUCUCUAUGCAUGGUGAAUAUGUAAAGUCUAUAGAUAUAUAAAUCAAAUCAAGUAUCACUGUUCCCUAUAUAUUAUUUGAGAAGCAUUACAAUUUAUUUGUGUAGGCACAUGUCAUCACUAGGAUGAUUCUUACAAUCAUUAGAAAAAUAUGUUGUUCCAUUUAAUUAUGUACAUAAAUUCACUAUUAAUGUUCUUUAUAAUUUUCUUAUAUAAAAAUUACGGAAUUUCCUAAUGCGAUUAAAGUAUAUAUGGCAAUUAAUGAUUUUGAAUAACAAUUAUUUGAUAAAAAUUAGUGUAUCUUCUAUCAUAUUUGUUUAAUUUCAAACUAUUAAAAUAAAUUAAACAACCACAAUAACCAUAUAAUAAAAAU